GGGUAAGCUGGAAGGACAGAGAACCGGUGGAGCUUCCCUCACCCACAGGAAAGGAGCCAGAGAGAGGACUGGGCUUUGGAGGCGGAGUCCUCAGGCUAUGACGACUCCCAAAGGGUCCCAGCAUAGAGCGCCCACCAUGCUGCUCUGCCUCACCCUGCUUCUCCUGACAGGGCUGUCUGCAUGCACUGUGGCAGGUGACAAGGAACAGGCACUCGGCACUGAAGCAGGGUCUUGGGUAACCGUGACCCUGGAGAAAGGUGUCAUCCCCAGCGUUCAGCUCCAGCUUCAGGAGGUGAAGAAGGGCAAAGUGAGCCAGUUCUUUGGGCUGAUGGGGAAGCAGGUAGGAGGAAUACCUCCUAUCCAGCCAGAGAGAAAAAUGGGCAGAGAGGAUGAGGACCACGAGUCAGAGUGAGAGUCCCCACCGCACACUUCCCAGAGGAUGAAACCCCUUCUCCAUGUUUGGAUGUUCCCGCUGGCAUCGGCCAGACCAGCUCUUCUCCGUGUGUCCUGUGCUCAGCACUGGUGUGUCCCCCCAGGCCCGCACUCCUCAGUGGGCUUCCUGCCAGGACUCUCGGUCUCAAGCAGCGGUUGUCCAUAAAUGUGCAGUUGUCACAUUCGCAAGUAGGGUGACCUUGCCCUCCGAAGGCACUCGGAGCUCAUAGCAAGAUUGAGUCUCACCCACUUCUCUAUCACCUGUGCCCAGAACACAGUAGGGGCUCAAUAAAUGAAUGAAUCGUGAAUAGCGUCUUCUCUGGCACAGCCUAGAGGCAAUUUCCCAGUUAAUGUUCUCAUUCCAUCCAUCCCUGACCCCCCGACGCACCAGGCAUCCCUGCUGUCUCCCGCACCCCACCCCACGCAGUGCUGUCGUCAGCCCCAAGAGGUGGUUCACCAAUAACCCAACUGGGAGGCUCAGCAAAGAGGGGUAAACAUUUCAUUCUUGUGUUUGAAGUUUGGGACAUUUAGGAAAAACCAAAUUCACUAAAUAUCUUGUGAGUUCACUCUGUGUCAGCACUCCACUAGGAAUUCAGAUGGGACUGGGAAUAAGAAAUAGGAGACUGGAAUUUGCCCUUGCAGAACUCCCCGUGGAGGGGAGGUGAGGUGGUGUGUGUGCAAAGGCCAUACCUGCUCCCCAAUCAUCUUUCUCAUAUCCACCAUGUUCACUGAAGCUUCUGGUUUCUGCACGGGCCAUUCUCUUCCCAACCUGGUGAAUUCUGACUCAGACGUCCAUGUCUUCCCCAGUCCAGGAAGUAACCACGGGCUCCCUUCUCCAGUUCCCUGAAGCACCUGGUACAUUUUUCCAUUCCAGAACUUAAUGUAUGGUGUUAGAAUGGUUCAUCUCCUCAAAAGGGUUUCUCAAGUACACGAGUCACACCUUGCUCAUCUACCCAGUGCCGACAACAGUGGCUGGCAUCUGUUUUGACAAAGGACUCACAUUUCCUGUCCUCAAGGAGUCUGUCUCAGAGAGCCAGGAAGGAGCCCAACUUAUACAACUGAAAUAAUUAACAGCAGCUACCCCUCACUGAAUGCGUAUCCCGUACUUCUCAAACAUUUCCAAACACUGAACUCGACCUCCUGCCUCAAAGCUCCUCCUGUCUUACACAAGGCACCGCCAUGUACCCAGCUGCCCAACCUAGAAACCUGGGUAUUACUCUAGUCCUCCCCUCUCCACAUCGCAUAGAUCCCCCCAGUUGUCGGUUCUUCCAAAAUCUCAUUCAUCUUCUUGCCACUUUCACUACCACCGUUAAUACAAGCCCCUCACCCCUCGCUUGGAGGGCAGCAGCUUCCUUAUAGACCCUUCCUUGCUUCCCAUCUCAAUCCAUUCUCCACCCAGAGCAUGACCCUUUAAAAUGGGAAAUCAGAGCAUGUCCCAUUCCAUCCCCUACUGGCCAGUUCAUGGUUUCCUAGGAUAAACCUGACAUUCUUGUCGAGACCUCCAAGGCCCCCUGCUCUCAGGCCCUCCGGCCCACAUGCCUGCCCGAGUCUCUCCUCAGGUUCUCCCUUCUGAACACUGCCCUAGCCCUUUCAUCCCUCCACUCCUCCCUUGGCUAACUCGUCUUUCAGGUCCCAGAAUAAAGGCCCUUCCUGAUAGGGUUUCCUUGAUAACCAGGCUCAACUAGUUCCCUCCAGUUAUACUUACACACCUUAUCCUUUUCCAUUCAUAGUACUGAUCACAAUUAGUAAUCAUACAUAUGCUUUCCUCCAGGAGACUGCAAAUUCUACCUAUUUUGUGCACCACUAAAUAUCCAGGUCCCAAAUCCUCAAUGAGAAAAACAUACACACCAGGCAUGUCUGUGAGUCAAUUUACCUUCACAAUUCCUAUCCUCAUUUCUGCAGAUGCUGUUACACAGCAAAUGGCAGAGAUGGCAUUUGAGCCAAGGCGCCUUCACUCCACUCAGCCCCUCCACUUCCCUGGCCUGUGCCAGAAUCGGAAAGACAAGUCCCAGGUGGGAUUAAGACGUCACAAGGAAUUCCUUUUUAGCUGAGCCUAUUUGAAUAGAUAGGAAAGAAACUUCCAAGUAUCUGUCCCCACAAUGUACUGGUCUCUCAAGAAACUCCUUCCAGAUCAAGUCACUUUAGGAAAUGUU